AUGAGAAUGAAGGAACGACUGGUGGAGAGGUGUUGGGGAGGCGCUUCUUUUUCCCACUUGUCCAGGUGCUUUUGCGCUUGUCCUUGCCGAAAACAAGGGCAGCCUGUAGUGCUUUGGGCGGGGAGAAAGCGCGUCUCAAAAAUGGGUAUGUGGCGACGGAAACUGGCUAGGGUCGCUUCCGGGGUGGUAUUGCGUCGAUUCCUGUCACUUUCAACUGUUUUUCCUUGUGUAUCGCCUCAGUUGUUAGCAUCAUUCAUCUACAUACCGAGAGGGGGCAGUCGGUGGGAUCAGCCGGGCAGAAUGUGCUUUAUGCAGCACGUAACUGAGCCGCUUCCCAUUGAUUUGCUACCCAAUCGGGAGUUAUACAUCUCGCACUCUGAUACAAUCACGUAA